AAUCAUAAACUUCUUUUUUUUUUUGGAAGAAAAAAAUAUCCCUAACGUCAUAAUCAUAAUUUUCAAAAUUUCAAAGAUUCAAAAACCCUAACGUCAAAAUCCCAUUUACCCUCCAAAAAAAUUGAAAUCUCAUAACUUGAAUUUUCGCAAAAGCCUCCGAUCUCUCUGGUCUCUAUUCGUUUGGGUUCAGAUUCCGCCAGUCAUGGCUUCGAACGAUGGCCCUGAAGACCUAGAGACGGAGGCUGGUGAACCCCAAGAGUUGGGGGAGCUGGAGUCGGAGGUCAAAGAAUUGUCCGCAAAGAUUAUUCAAUACAGAGCCAGUCUUCCCGACAAGCUCAAAGACACGUUUGUUUCUCUUCUUGCAACUCAGAGACCCAUUUUACCAGAAGGCUCCGAGCCUGGAACGUCAGGUGAUCAAAACACAGAUGCAGGACAGGGGCAAGUUACUUCCAGCAUACCUGCAGAUGGAGAUCAAGAGACUAUUGAGAAAAUACGGUUGCUCAAGGAUAAGAUUUCAAGUAAUGCCUCUAAAAUGCCUAUUGUUCUAAAGAGGAUGCGAGAGUGUAUUUCAAAGAUUGACAAAUUAGAUUCUCAAAACAGAACCAUACAUCCAGCUUUUAAAAGGAAAAGAACUAGCUAAGCUCACAACCCUUGACUGGUAUUGAUUUAGCUCUUAACUAGUGAAGAAUGACAUUGGUGAUGGAAACUGAUUUCUACAGUGAAGGCAUGAUCCAGCUUCUUCAGGAGAAUAACUGAUGAGGUCUGGUUUUCCAUUUUUAUGGGUUGUAAAGUUCUCAAUGUGUACGAUAAUUAUGCAAAGGAAAAGGAGAAAAAUAGUAAUUUUCCUCUUGAGAGUGUACAAUAGUAGGAUGAUGACAUUACAUCAUAUGUAACUGAUCUCCCAGUCCCAACCAUUCAUGCAUUAAUUGUGAAAAGAAAGAUGUAGAGAACAGAA